AAGGGUCGAAAGAAUAUUUAGAUCUUGGUAAAUCUGGGAAGUUCUGGGAGAACUAUUUUCACCUGUUUGAAUGGCGCGCACAGGAUUAUGACUUUUACACAAAAAACUCCAGUUUUCUGGAUGAUAUAUCUGUCAUCAAAGAUACUAUCGAGAUUCUAACCAAAGAUCUUCUUCAACGUUUGAUUGUAAUAUUUUCGCAUCAAAGUUGUACCAUAGAGGGAAAUUCACUAGGAAGUGUAGAGUCACAAAUCAUUUGGGAAAAAAUGAACCAAGACUAUAACAUUGACGAUUUGCAACAUGAUGAAGCACAAUUACCCGAACCGAAAUCUCUUCUUGAUAAACCUGGAAAGGAAAUUGAAGUUAUUGAAAUCUGUAACCACUUGCUUGCGACCCAUUAUUUAUACAAUACCUUACUAAAUUCAGAAAAAGAAAUAAACAUCGACAAUAUAAAAAAGAUCCAUCGUACUCUUUUGAAAGAUACUCCACAAGAGAAAGUUGACUUAUGGGGCCAAAUCCAGCAAGCAGAAAUGCUUCGAACUGUGUCAAUGCUGGCAUUUGGUUAUCAUUUGACCAUUUAUCCAACCGUCACUAGCGAUAAUGUUGGGUAUCAUGAAUCAUAUCAAAUGCACCCUCUUAUGAACGCAUGUCGCAUACUUUCAUUCUUCCUUCAUAUACAUCCAUUCUACGAUGGUAAUGGACGUGUUGGACUUUCACUCAUGGCGCUUUAUCUUGCUCGUGGUGGUUUACCACCCCUUGUUUUUCAACAACUUGAUCGAAAAGAAUAUGCAGACGCACUGUAUAAGGCUCAAGCAGAGAAGGAUAUGGUUCCAUUAUAUAAUAUAGCGAUAGGAAACAUUUUGAUAUUUUAG